GGUGUUUCUGGGCUGUGUGCUGCUGCAGACUUCAGACUCUGCUGCUCCUGACUCUGUGAACCCUUGCUGUUUCUACCCGUGUCAAAACUCAGGAGUGUGCGUCAGAUUUGACACUGACCAAUAUCAAUGUGACUGCACACGAACUGGUUUUUAUGGCGAAAACUGCACUGUUCCGGAGUUCUGGACUUGGAUUCGUCUCAUGUUAAAGCCCAGUCCCUCUGCAGCUCAUUACCUCCUCACUCACUUCCACUGGUUCUGGGACCUGCUAAAUGCCACUUUUCUCAGAGACACUGUCAUGAGAUUAGUACUCACUAUCAGGAGCAAUCUCAUCCCCAGUCCUCCGACGUACAAUACUAAAUAUGGAUAUCUAAGCUGGGAGUCCUACUACAACAUGUCGUACUACACUCGUCUUCUACCUCCUGUGCCUGAAGACUGUCCUCUGCCAAUGGGAACCAAGGGCAAAGCGACUCUUCCUGAUCCUAAAGUGCUGGCAGUGCGAUUCUUUAGAAGGAAGAAAUUUAGGCCGGAUCCUCAGGGAACUAAUCUGAUGUUUGCCUUCAUGGCUCAGCACUUCACUCACCAGUUCUUUAAAACUAACCAUGAUGUCAAAGGAGGUUUCACAAAGGCUCUGGGUCAUGGUGUGGAUGCAACUAACAUCUAUGGACAAACACUGGAACGUCAACAUCAACUCAGACUCCACAAGGAUGGAAAACUCAAAUACCAGUUAAUAGAUGGUGAGAUGUUCCCUCCCACAGUGUCUGAAGCCUCUGUGUACAUGAAGUAUCCAGAGGGCCUUCCUUCUGAACAGCAGUUGGCGAUUGGCCAUGAGCUCUUUGGCAUCCUGCCGGGACUCACCUUGUACGCCACCUUGUGGCUGAGAGAGCACAACCGUGUGUGUGACGUCCUCAGAGCAGAGCAUCCCUCCUGGGAUGAUGAGCAGCUCUUCCAGACGACCAGGCUCAUCAUCAUCGGUGAGAUUAUCAAGAUCAUAAUAGAAGAAUAUGUGCAGCACCUGAGCGGUUAUUUCCUGAAACUCAAGUUUGACCCAGAGCUGCUGUUCAAUGAGCGUUUCCAGUACAGUAACCGCAUCGCUCUGGAGUUCUGCCAGCUGUACCACUGGCACCCGCUGAUGCCCGACAGCUUCAUCAUCGACGAUGAAGAAGUCACUUAUUCUCAGUUUAUUUACAAUACCUCCCUCGUCACACACUACGGGGUGGAGAAACUGGUCGACUCAAUGUCACGACAAGUGGCUGGACAGAUUGGUGGAGGCCAAAACUCUCAUGAGGUCGUGCUCAAAGUGGUAGAAAUGACCAUCAAAGAGUCAAGACAGGCACGAAUUCAGCCUUUCAACGAAUACAGGAAGAAGUUUAACCUCAGACCGUACAAGUCCUUCUAUGAAUUUACUGAUGACCUGGAGAUGGCCAAAGGUUUAGAGGACCUUUAUGGAGAUAUAGAUGCUCUGGAGUUUUAUUUAGGUGUGAUGUUGGAGAAAACACGGCAUGGAGCCAUCUUUGGGGAGAGUAUGGUGGAGAUGGGUGCUCCUUUCUCUCUGAAAGGUUUGCUGGGAAAUCCCCUGUGCUCCCCGGAGUACUGGAAGCCCAGCACGUUUGGAGGAGAGACGGGCUUCCAGGUCGUCAAAAGUGCAACUCUGCAAAAACUAGUGUGUCAUAAUUCAAAAUGGUGUCCGUAUGUAAACUUUAAAGUCCCAGGGAAGGAGCAGGAGGCAAACUCGAGAAAAUCAUCCACUGAACUUUGACGUGUGUGUUUAUUUAUAACAAACCGGUGCUAAUUUCAUUAUUGCAUUCUAAAAUUUAAGCUUGAACACUGCUGUAGAUAUUUUAAAGUAGUUAACUGAUGAAAAGGCAGGAGACAGUCUGGAUGUUUUAUGCAGGAGAAGUUUAUUACAGAUCACAAAGGCCAGGGUGACUUGACUCCAAACCCUGGUGACGCUUGGACAUAAAGAUUUUUAAUAACCUCUGUAGUGUCCCUUUUUGAAGGACAUACAGGACUGUGCAGAAGUUUACCUCAUACAACUAGACGCUAUAAUAAUACGCGUUUCUAGUUUGACUGUGGAUUAUGACCAGUGUCCACUUUGACCCAAGUGUUUCUCCGUUAUCUCUCAUUAGUCAUUCAAAUACAUUCAUUUGUACAAUAAUCUGCUUUCUCCCGUGUCACCAAAGAGGUUAUACAAUAUGUUAUAUAAACCAGAUGGAGGUGAAGUCACAUUUUGCUGAUGGAAAAGCG